AUGCCUGAGCGGAAAUCGCACGUCAAGUCCCGUCUGGGUUGCGGACAGUGCAAGACCAGGAGAGUCAAGGUGAGUGCAAAUCGUUCAGAGGCCGAAACGCCGCAGCAACAAAAGACUGAUGGCAAGGAACAGUGCGACGAGACUCGCCCUACAUGCGGAAAUUGUGAGUUAAUAUACAUCCUCUCCUCGCAACUUCGGAUCUCUGCUCGUAUUGACCUGUGCCGGUUGUAGGUAAGCGGCGGCGGGAGACCUGUACUUAUACGAACCGGAAUACGAAGUCCACUAAUCUGUCCUCUCCCGCAUCGAAUGGCUCGGAUCACACCAACGCCAUCUCUAGCAGCGUCCACCUGAAACAGCUGGAGCUCAUGCAUCACUGGAGUACAUCGACAUAUGCCAGCCUUGCGCUUAGCAAUGGAGCACGGCGUGCAAGUAGAUAUCAGCUGGAUGUCCCUCGUCUGGCUUUAGAGAACGAAUAUCUCCUCGAGACGAUGUACGCUUUGACAUCGCUGCACCUCGCUUACCAGCGUCCGAAUGAUGCCCGUAGCCUCAUCCAAGAUGCCACUGGCUACAACACACGCGCCUUGGCAGCCUGUCGAGAAGCAUUGGCCGCGCUGGAGGGUCCUAAUGCCGGGGCUCUGUUUUAUUGCUCUGCUUUGCUGGGCGUUGUGGCCUUGGCUUUGCGUGCGGUGGACCCGGACACCGCUGCUGCUCAAACACCCACAGAUACUCUUGCGCAACUGACGAUCAUGUGGCGUGGUACCUGGUCGGUCAUCAUCGCCUCUAAAGAGAUCCUAGGGCCAGAAGAAUAUAACACAUUAUUCCAUCCGCCGGCCUGGAAUAUGCUCCAAGGAAGCAGUGUACGUCACCAAUCCCAGAUUUUCCUCGAUCGUCUUCGCGAGCGAGCCAAAGCGGAGGACCACACCAUGAUGCAACAAGAUCAAAACAGCGAUGAUUCGCCGACGAAACAAGAAACCGGGGUAGAUGUCACCAAGGUGUAUCUCGAAACACUCGAUUUGACGCAAGUCCUCCUCUCAACACCCGACCUGGAGCAUUCACGGAUAAUCGCUUGGCCAGUCCUCUGUCCUGUCCCUUUCAUGGACUUCGUCACUCAAAAACGACCGCUUGCCAUGGCAAUUGUACUGCUGUACAGUGUCCUCCUGCGGUCCAUGGACGAGCUCUGGUGGUUGGGAAGCUUGCGGGCAGACUUGGUGAAUGAGCUCGCCCCUCUCGUGGCGGCUUGUGGCCCUGAAAUGGCCGAGAUUGUGGACUGGGUGCAGAGCUGGACCAGCAGACCUGAUGAACUGGGUCCGAUACAUACGUCGAACUGGGCAGAUGAUCGAACACGGAGGAUUUCUCCGAUAAAGAUGGAUGAUCCUUCUCCGAUACUGCAUACUCCAAGCUGGGCGGAGGCCCGGACUAGCAGGCACUCUCCUGCGACUGAUGUGUGA